CAAAAUUGGUCUUUUUGCCUUCGUUUGAAUUUUCAUUUCAAAUUUUAUAACUUUAAUUAUAUUAAUUCAUACUUUCUUACUUGAUAAAAGCAAACUGCUGAACAGUAUAAAAUUCACUAUGCAAAAGACAGCAAACUGCCUCGUUUUUAUACAAACGUAAAGAAAGUUAAAAUAUUACCAACUAGGUAUUUUAUCGAUAGUAAUUUUGGCAAAUUAUUAGACUUAUUAGAUGAAUAAUGAUAAUAUAAAUAUAAAGUUUUAAUGUAUACAAAAAUGAAGAUAAACGAAUAUUUUGAAAAAUCAAGAUAAUGUAUCACAUACUUCGAGUAUUACUGUACAGGCUAUGGGUUGUGUCCACAUUUACUUUAUUUUCGAGUUUUAUAAUUUUUUGGUUCUACGGUGUGUUCGUAGCUUUUAUGGUCCUAACGUUUGGAAUUACGGGGAUCCUGUACAACGCGCAGGACCUGCUGUUAUACUACCCCAAUGACCCGCCCGAUUCGCGCGUGUUCGUACUGCAGCCCAGCAACUACAAGCUGCCGUAUGAGAGCAUCAAGCUCAAGACCAAGGAUGGACUCAAGAUUCACAUGUUCCUCAUACUACAAGCCACCGACAGCCACCGCAAGCCCACUAUGAUAUUCUUUCAUGGCAAUGCAGGCAACAUGGGCCAGAGACUGGCCAACGUCUCCGGGUUCUAUCACAAACUGAACAUAAACGUUCUUCUAGUAGAAUACAGAGGCUACGGGUUAUCAGAAGGCUCUCCGUCCGAGCAGGGACUGUAUAUCGAUGCCCAGAGCGCUUUUGAAUACAUAAUGCAGAGAAGUGAUAUUGACCACUCGCAAAUUAUAGUAUUUGGCAGAUCACUGGGCGGGGCAGUCGCCAUCGACCUGGCGUCACGGCCGCAGUACCGCGAGCGCGUGUGGGCGCUCAUCGUAGAGAACACCUUCACCAGCAUCCCCGACAUGGCGCGCGUCAUUCUCAAAUGGCGGUGCUUGGACUGGCUGCCGAUGUUCUGCCACAAAAACAAGUACCUGUCGGCGCGCAAGAUGCGCGGCGUGCGGUGCGGCACGCUGGUAGUGUGCGGCUCGUUGGACGCGCUGGUGCCGCCGCGCAUGGCGCGAGCGCUGCUGGCACGCUGCGGCGCGACCGUGCGGCACCACGCCGCGCUGCCCGGCGCGCACGAUGACACGUGGACCUGCGCCGACUACUACCCCGAGCUGCAGCGAUUCCUCGCGCAGCUGCCGCCGCUUACGCCGCCGCGCCCCGCCUGCGCCGUGCACACCGUGUGACAGUGCCCUUAUGUCGUAGCUCUACUGUAGUGCGCGCAAAACAAGUAGUCCAAUCUGAAUACGAGGCGUAUAAAAGAACGAAAGAAAAAAAUAGUUGGACUCGCACCGCACCUUCGUACAAGAAAUGCUUAGUCUUUUUUUUGUGAUGUACCACAAAUUCAUAGUUUACGGAUUCUUCCCUUUGUGCUAUAAGACAUUGCUAUCUGUCAAAUUUUAAGAUUCUAGGUCAAUGACUCAACUCUAUAGACUUUGUUUCCCUUGACAGACACGACAGACAAGCAAACUCACACGACGAAAAAAAAGGAACCAUAAAAACGUUUAUUUUUGUAAGUAAUGCCUAUACACACACUUGUUAUACCUAAGAGUUGGUUAUCCCAGCGCAUCCACCACUUCAGCAUUAAAGCUAUAAAAUGGCUCGUGCACACAACACGAAAAAAAGGUAUCACUAUCAGCAUAAUGCUGUAUGCCUUGUACAUACAUAAGAGCACAUGAGUAUGAUUGCACUUGUACAACAAGUUGUAAAUAAAAUUAAAAAACAUGACUGCCUUGCCACAAAAUGAACUAAAAAGUUUUUUUUUUACGUUUAAAGAUGGUGUCAUACGGCCACCAUACAGAUUUUUUUUUUAAAUUUAUAACAAGUUCACUCAGGAUGAUGUCAGGAUUCUAAAUAUACCUCAUGUAUAUACAUGAACACUGAAAACAUUAGGCACACUUUUUUUCGGGCGAAGAAAACAGAUCUCAGCAGAUACAGACUUGUGUAUUAAAUCCUAAAUAUAUGAUCUGUCCACACCACCUUCAACUGCAACUUCAGAUCGGACUACUUGUUUUGCGCACACUAUCAAUUUCAAUAAUUGUAAACAGGUCCUUAGUUACGCUUACUUUACUUUAGAUAUCAAUAUUUUAUUUUAUUAGAUUGAUUUGCCAACAGUUAAAGACACAAAAUGAAGAUAAGUUCAUUUUUUUAUGUAAUAUUUUAUACAUUUUCGUUAGUGACACACUUAUUUUUUAAACUACGAUAAUAUCUAAGUUUAGAAAAAAAUGUUCUACUAAUUGACCAAUGUUUGUAUAAUGUUAUCAAAUUUUUAGCUAAGUAUAUAAUUUGAUUUAUAAUUAUUGACGUAAUGUUUUUAUCAACAUUUUAUUAUUAGGA